UUUUAAGUCAGCCUUGUGUGAGAUAUUCCACUACAAGCACAUCUCAAUCUUGAUCUCACACCUUGCAAAGCUAACUCCCACCGCAACAAUGAAGCACUCCAAUCUCUCCCGACACGAAAUUCUUGCCCUGGUCCUCCAACACAACCGCAGUCAGGGCGUGGGCCCAAAGGAUAGAAUCCUCGUCGACCAAGUAUCACGAGAGGAGAUGGCUAUUGUGGAAUCCAUAUGCGUUCGCAACAAUCAAAGGAAAGAAAAGUACGGCCUCAUUCAGAAAGCUGCAGUAGCGUUGAUGAGAGAUCUGGAGCAGAUCGAGAAGAUUAAUUGUCAGGCAGAUGGAGAGGCUGUGGACUGGAAGGCAGCGAUGAAGAGGUGUAGAGAGAUGCAAGUGCUUAUGGAUGAUGGGAGGAAAUAUGUGGAGAGAGUGAGGAGUGACGAGUUGAGGAGGGCGGCAAAGGGGAAGGGGCUUGAGGGAAAGGUGCGGAAGCAGCCGGAACAACUGCAGAAAUAUGAGGAGAAGACGAAGGAAAAGCAUGGCAAGGAUCCACAGCACGUAGUCCAGCCACAUAGGCCUGGUCCUGCUAAGUUAAAGACUGUAGAAGGCAAGAGAGUCAUGUAUGCCGAUUCUAUGAGUCCACCUGGACCAUUGAAAAAGAAGCCCCAAGGAGACCAACAGCAGCAUACCUCGAGCGAACAUGAAAGGAGGAUGCUGACGAAGAUUACCAUGUCUGAGAAAGGCAGGAGGGCGGAUGAUGCAUAUCUAGAAGGGUUGAGGCUGGCCUCAGAAGUCAGGAAGUUUGAUUUGGAAGAUAUCUGA